GGCACUGCCUGGGAGAAAGCCACCCUCCUCCAACAGCUUCUCUCACGUGCGCUCCACUGUCAAUCAAUCCGGCGCGUCAUGAGUCUCGUUCACAGGUGAUAUCUAUUAGCAUACCUUAUCUGCCGUCAGGUGUCGCGUUUGUGGAUCAUUCUUUCCCGUGACAGGUAUAUUUUUUGUGGCGGUUUUGGCGAGCUGCAGUCAGCUUUGCAGAUGCUAUGUUUGAGCAGUAAGCAUGGCGGAAAAUCAUCUGGAGUAUGGCUACCUGGAGGGCGAGUCCAUCGGGGAGCAUUACACCGAGGACCCUGAGCUGGCGGCCAUCAAGGCCAGGGUUCAGGAGCUGGAGAUGGAAGAAGAGACGGAAAGACUGAAGGAGGAGGAGGAUAGGUGCGAUGCACCGGAGAUGCAGCUACUGACCAGUAGCCCCCGGCCUGGUCCUUUCUACAAUAUGACACCUGAGGAGAGGAUAGAUGCAGACAACCGAUCAGUCUAUGUAGGAAAUGUAGACUAUGGAGCUACUGCAGAUGAGCUGGAGAUCCAUUUCAACGGCUGUGGGCCAGUCAACCGGGUUACCAUACUGUGUGACCGAUUCUCCGGCCAUCCCAAGGGCUUUGCUUACAUUGAGUUCUCUGAUCGAGACUCUGUGCAAAGUGCCAUUGGUUUGCAUGAGACCUUGUUCAGAGGAAGAGUCCUUAAGGUAAUGCCUAAGAGAACCAACAUGCCAGGCAUCAGCACCACAGACCGGGGAGGACACAGAGGAGGCCACACCAGAGGAAGAGGCAGAGGUUACCGUCCCCCCAGAUACCACAACAGCUCACGAGGCAGGUUCCGGUACCAGUCAACCAGGCCGCAACAUCAAACACCCCACCCUUACUACGGAGGCCCAUCAGUGGGGAAGAGACAGUGGGGACACAUGGACUACCAGGAACAGAUGCCUAAACGUUACCCGUGUCUUCUUCUCAUCACGCCACCAUCGGAGGAGUUGGGGGCGGGGUCGAGCGGACAGCACUACCCCCAACAGCGCUAGCAACUACUCACAGCAUACAUCCCCAAGUGGGUGGAUAGAUAGGAUACUUUUAACAAAAAAUGUUUCCUGGCAUUACUGAGUUGAGUGUUAUGUGACAGGUACAGAAUGGACAGCAGCUGCACCCAUGCAUCAGUCCUUCAACAGACAAGAUGUGAAGAAUGAAGACUGGGGUCAGUGAUGUUGCAUUAUAAGCUUAUGUUGCUGUGAAUGCAUGGGACAAUUCUCAAAUUGUUAUGCAGUUGCAUCUCUUAACUCUUAAUGUUUUUACAAAUCGAUGCGAAUGUUUUGUGUCGCUGCCUGCAGUGUAAUGUUUAAAUCCUCCCUAUGUAUAACUUAAGUUCUUUGCUAUGUAAGUGAAUAAAUAAAACAAUGAUCUGGU